GUGUCCCGCAGACUUCGUCACCUUCUGUAAAAGAGAGAUCUUUUUUUAUAAUCUGCAAUUAAAUCGCCUCCGCUUUUAAAUUGAUAUGCCCAACCCGCAGUUAUUUGAUUUCAAUCCGCUGGCUUGAUUUAAUCUCAUCUUGCAACACUAAAACCCUAGCAUGAGGUGAUUGAAUAUCUUCGAGUUUAGUCAUUGUCUCUUCUCUUGAUCCAAUUUUUUUGUUUCAUCUGUUUGUAAACGGGUCUGCUUUGGUUGGAUGGAAUAUUUGAACUUUAUUAGGGUUUAGAGGAAGGGUACUCCAUUUUUGUGGAUUCAGUUCAGGUAAUUGUGCAGAGUAUAAAUCCGGGGGUUUCUGUGUAUCUCUCUGUUUUCUCUAGGUUUAGGACAUUGCACUUAUGGAUCUUCUCCAGUCAUACACAGAUCAAAAAGACGAGAACCAUGACGGAAGCCCUAAACAGGUUACAUCUUCGCCAGAAGCCUCUCCGCCCCGGCUACUUCCCUCCAAAACCUCGGCACCCAAGGUUGACGAUACAAUGUUAGCCCUCACGGUGGCCAACGCCAACCGGACCCUCUCGAAGCCAAUAGACCCAACUCAACAUAUUGUUGCCUUCAACCCCACCUACGACCAGCUCUGGGCGCCCAUUCAGGGUCCAUCUCAUCCCUAUGCCAAGGAUGGCAUUGCGCAGGGCAUGCGAAACCACAAGCUAGGGUUCGUUGAGGAUGCGUCCAUUGAACCAUUUGUCUUCGAUGAGCAGUACAACACUUUCCACAAAUAUGGAUAUGCUGCUGACCCCUCAGCUUCUGCUGGAAACAAUUACAUUGGCGACAUGGAGGCUUUGCAGAAGAAUGAUGCCAUCUCCGUGUAUAACAUCCCUCAGCACGAGCAGAAGAAGAGGAAGAUCGAGAAGAAGAAGGAAAUGAGUGAGAAUGAGGAUGUGGAAAUGGAUUUGAACCCGGAUGAAGUUGAAAAUCCAGCUAGUGAUGUGUGGUUGAUGAAGAAUAGAAAGAGUCCAUGGUCUGGGAAGAAGGAAGGUCUGCAAACUGAGCUCACUGAGGAGCAGAAGAAGUAUGCGGAAGAGUAUGCAAAGAAGAAAGGUGAAGAGAAAGGUGGUGAGAAGGCAGAAGUUACAGCGGAUAAGAGUACUUUUCACGGUAAAGAGGAGAGGGAUUAUCAGGGCAGGUCUUGGAUUGCACCCCCGAAGGACGCCAAGGCCACAAAUGAUCAUUGUUAUAUACCCAAAAGAUUGGUGCAUACUUGGAGUGGGCACACAAAGGGUGUAUCUGCUAUUAGGUUCUUCCCCAAACAUGGUCAUUUGAUUCUUUCAGCUGGUAUGGAUACCAAGGUGAAGAUAUGGGAUGUGUUCAAUUCUGGAAAAUGUAUGAGAACCUACAUGGGUCACUCGCAGGCAGUUCGGGAUAUUUCAUUUUGUAAUGAUGGGUCUAAGUUUUUGACUGCGGGAUAUGAUAAAAAGAUUAAGUAUUGGGAUACAGAAACAGGGCAAGUGAUAUCAACCUUCUCCACCGGGAAAAUUCCUUAUGUCGUUAAGCUUAAUCCUGAUGAUGAUAAGCAGAACAUAUUGUUGGCAGGGAUGAGUGAUAAGAAGAUUGUUCAGUGGGAUAUGAACACGGGCCAGAUUACUCAAGAGUACGAUCAACAUUUGGGAGCAGUGAAUACCAUUACAUUUGUAGACAAUAAUAGAAGGUUUGUCACAUCAAGUGAUGACAAGUCCCUCCGUGUUUGGGAAUUUGGGAUCCCAGUUGUUAUUAAGUAUAUUAGUGAGCCCCACAUGCAUUCCAUGCCUUCCAUUUCCGUUCACCCCAAUACAAAUUGGCUCGCAGCACAAAGUUUAGACAAUCAAAUUCUUAUUUAUAGCACUAGGGAGAGAUUUCAGCUAAAUAAGAAGAAGAGGUUUGCCGGGCACAUUGUGGCUGGAUAUGCUUGCCAGGUCAAUUUUUCACCAGAUGGACGUUUUGUUAUGUCGGGUGAUGGUGAGGGUAAAUGCUGGUUUUGGGACUGGAAAACUUGCAAGGUAUUCAGAACUCUCAAGUGUCAUGAAGGGGUAUGCAUUGGGUGUGAGUGGCAUCCAUUGGAGCAAAGUAAAGUAGCAACGUGUGGCUGGGAUGGCCUGAUAAAGUAUUGGGACUAGUUUCGAGCUUUGAUAUGUCAGCGCUUGCUAAGAUUGACCCGACUGUGGAAACCACUUGCCUGGGACGUUUGGCCUCAAGAACAAGGAAAUCUCUCGGUGAAAAAUCUGCCUUUCAAAAAAUGAAUGUAUCUUAACUUGAAUUUUGUGUUAGAUCAUCUUAGUUUAGUCACCCAAGCUCAUUGUACUGUUAGCUCUUUUACAUUUUUUGUAUACUGAAUUAGUACAAAAUUACUUCUUUCUACUUUAUGGUGUACUUCAUCUUUCUCACUUGUUUUCAUUUAGGAAUGAACGAUUCACUUGUAUAAUUACAGGCGCUAUAAGGGCAAAAUUAUAUUUGAGAUUUGAUUU